AUAUUAGGAAUUCGUGACAUUUAUCAUGCAGCGCAUCUAAUUCCAAUUUAUGGUGCACAGUCUGUUUCCUAUGACCUCAAGUAUUAUCAGUCUUAUGAUAUGUUUCGAGCAUACUAUGUGAAUAAGUACACAGAUCACCAUGCCUUUGAGAUUGCUUUCUAA